AAAAGAUCUGUAAAUUAUAAUCAUCUCUCUUCGGUGUUUCAAACCAACCCAAGCUCCGCGAUAUGAUUUCGAGUAACUGAAAGAUGAACAUAUAUCGACACUCUCACCAGUCACCACAGUUCCCGAGAUCGAUUAGCUUUGCCACUGCCCACUUCUCCUCAAGGAAAGAAACAGUCUCACAAACUCAAGUCUCCAAGAUCAUCAUCUCCUUCUUGCCACUUUGAGAAAGCUCAAAGUAAAAACAAGCUACAUCAAGACUCUGCUCAUCAAACCCAAACUGGAUUUCCAAUGAAAAGUUUGUUAGCUCAAGAAAUGUCAAAUCAGACAGAACCUAAAAGGAGAUCACCAAGCAUUAUAGCAAGACUGAUGGGACUUGAUGUCUUGCCCCCUCAGAGUUCUUCCCACAGGCAACAAAACUCUGUGGAGAAUCAGCAAGGCAGUUCUUAUGACGGUAAUAAGUCUCUGACAAGGAGCUCAAAGGAGGAUCAAAAGUUUAAAGAUGUCUUCGAGGUUUUGGAUGCAAAGAAGGCAGAGAGCAAUGGGAACUUAUAUCACCAGGGGAGGGUGAAAGCUGCUAAUCUCACCCAGGCAGAGAUGGCUUUUAUAAGGCAGAAGUUCAUGGAGGCUAAGCGGUUAUCAACGGAUGAGAAGCUUCGUCAUUCUAAAGAGUUUAAUGAUGCACUUGAGGCUCUGGACUCUAACAAGGACCUCCUGCUGAAGUUUCUCCAGAAACCAGAUUCUUUAUUCACUAAACAUCUGCAUGAUCUUCAAAGCAAAUCUUACAAGCCACAUUACGGUCAAGUGCAGUCUCUCAAGUGUCCAAACAGCCAGAGGCAUGAGGAUAGUCUGAAAACUCAGAAAGUUGAUAGGUUGCCUCAUCGGCAUGGUGGUGGUUCUCAGACUAGGCAUCCUUCUUAUGACACACUAGAGUUGCCUAAUAUGGAGCUGGGAAAGAGAAGUGAGUUGCAGCCAAUCAAUAUCGUUGUUCUGAAACCUAACCUCGGUGAGCCACGUUAUGCUGGUAGAGCUUUUGCAUCGCCAAGCUCUUCUUCCAAUGAGUUCAGAGCAGAUCGUAGGCUUCCAUGCACCAGUAAUCAUGUCAGGCAGAAAAGUAAUGAAGAUAUCAGCCUUUCAAGACGGAGUUCUAGAGAUUCUGGAGAAUUAUCCAAAAUAAUGUCUAGGCAAAGGAAGGCGAGGUGUAGUAAUGCCAUGAGCUCUGAGACUUCAGGAUUCAAAGGAUAUGCAGGUGAUGAAAGCUCGUCAGGGAGUGAUUCUGCAAGUGAAUUGGAGCUAGUGCCAGUAACUUCGAGAACAAGAACCGCCUUAAACCGUAAGAACUAUCAUCGAUCUUUGCCUUCCAAGUCAUCAACAACAACAUCUGUGAGCAGGGAAGCCAAGAGGAGACUCUCAGAGAGAUGGAAGCUGACACACAAGUACGAGCAAGAGAUAGAAAUUAGUAGAAGCGGCACAUUAGCUGAGAUGCUUGCAACUUCAGAUAGGGAGGCAAGUUUUAGUGGACUCAUUUUCGAAGAAGGGACUAGUAAAAGAGUUGACAGCAAUGUUCAGUUGUCUGAAUUGCCAGAACCGGUUGGAAUCAGCAGUAAAGAUGGUUGGAAAGGAUCAUCUUCCAGAAGUUUUUCAAAAUCCAAAACUAUCAUGAACCAGGAAAGCACUUAUGGUUACACAAUAGUGCUUCCUAAGGAGUUGAUCAGUAGAGAUGGAUUAGUGAACGGGAGGGGCGAGUCCCAGUCUUUCUUGUCAAGCAAAUCUUCUCGACGUGGUAGUCAUAAAUCUCAUUCAUCAUACAAUAGUUCACCAGAGGUCAACAGGAGCCCAACUUUAACCAAAUUUCUUUAUAUGAACCACGAGAUCCAUCAAAAAGAGAAGCUCUCUCCUUCUAAAGCAGAUUGCAGUUUCUCAGUAGACACUGAGGGUAGUUCAGCUUCUUCUGAAGCUCCAGAUUUUUCAACUGUCACUUCGUUAACUGACCCUGAUAUCUCAAGGAUGCCAACUGAGGAUGCAAAUCAUUCUUCGGUUCCUGAACCACAGUCUCGUGAAAGCUCAAAGGAAGGAGAUCAACCAAGUCCCGUUUCAGUUCUAGAAGCUUCUUUCAAUGACGAUGUUUCAUCAAGUUCAGAAUGCUUUGGGAGUGUCAGCGCUGAUCUUCAAGGACUCAGGAUGCAACUUCAACUCCUCAAAUUAGAGUCAGCAGCUUACAAUGAAGGUGGCAUGCUUAUUUCGAGUGACGAAGACACAGAACAGGAGGAGUCGUCAACAGUAACUAAUGAUAUUGUGAUCAGCCGAGAGGAAGGCUGGAAGUCACUAUACUUAGUUGAUCUCCUGGCUAACUCCAAGUUGAGUGACUCAGACCACAACACUGUCAUGGAAACACCUAUAGAUCCAUCCUUGUUUCAGGAUCUUGAGAAGAAGUACUCAAGCGUUAAAACCUCAACCCGGUUAGAGAGAAAGUUCCUAUUUGAUCAGAUCAGCAGAGAGCUAAUGCAUAUGAUAAAGCAGUUUUGGGAUCCACACCCUUGGGUCAAACCCACUAGGGUUUUCCAGAAAUGUGAUGUGAACAAGAUACAAGAGACUCUGCGAGAUUUGGUCACAAGAAAAGAGGAGAAACCAAGGAGAGAUGAUGUGGAGGAGAGGGAGUUGCCGUGGCUGAGUUUGGAAGAUGAGAUUGCAAUCAUAGGUAGAGAUAUUGAGGAAAUGCUGACAGAUGAACUCAUAGCAGAGCUUGUUGUAGAUGCAAUCUUCUAGAAUGUUAAAUAUUAUCUCUAUUUUACAUAAAGCUAAAUAAACUGGAAAAUUAAAUAUGUGAUAUGUAAUGUGACAGUUCCCAUCAUAUGUGGUGAUGAAUAAACACAGCAUCAAUGAUCAUCUGAAAGUUUUGGCCU